CUCUCACUUCUCACUCUUUUCCAUUUUGCUCAUUUCAAUGCUCUUCCCCUGUUUACUUUUUCCCAUUAAUCACUCUUUUCUCUUCAUUUCUUCUGAAUUCCUACCUCUUUCUUCCCUUCUCAAUCAUCUCUGUUUCUCCUUUUCCUCUUCUUCCAGCCCCUCCAUUCCUCUUUCUUUCAAGGGAAUGUAAGCUGUUGGAAGUUGGCACGCAUAUUUGCAAUUCCAUAGAAAAUUCGCCUGUUUGGCUUUUGGGUUGUUGGGAACACGUAUGACCGGUCUAUUUGCUUCAAAUUGAUUUUUGGCUUUUGGGGAUCAACGCAAUGCCGAUAUGAUGCCAUUGUGUCACUUCUACUCAAGAGCCUAUUCAUGAUCACCAAUCUUAUCCUGUCUUGGUGUGAUUCAUUUAUUAUCAGUACAAUGUGCCCGUGAUGUAUAGACAUAUUUACUUCGCUUCUUCAAAGAUGAUGACAUUUAUUAUUUCCUGAUCUUGUUUGUGUAGAACACAGAUACAAAUACUGCAUGACAUUUACUGGAGUUCGACAUUUGUGAAGUUAGAUUCCACUGAGGCAAGCAAAAUUCAUAAUGUCUUACUGAUCAGCAAAAGCGGGUUGUUGGUUAUUAUAGCUCAAGUUGAGCUUGAAUUCUUGCACUAUAUGGACCACAGGACUUCAGAGUAUUUGGCUGCAAUGUUGAAGUCUUUUGUGCUAGUUCCUUGUUUUGGUUAGCUUCGAUUUAAUUUUUAACUUUUGUCAUCGCUACCUGAAGGAAAGAAAGAAAAAUGGUGGAGCCAGAAUUUUGUGCUUCCAAUAUACAAUCUCCUUUCCGUGAGGAGAGUGGGGAUGAAGAGCUUUCAGUUCUUCCCAGGCACACUAAAGUUAUUGUCACUGGAAAUAAUAGAACAAAGUCUGUUUUAUUGGGAUUGCAAGGCGUCGUUAAGAAGGCUGUUGGCCUUGGAGGCUGGCAUUGGCUGGUUUUGAAAAAUGGGGUGGAAGUGAAGCUACAAAGGAAUGCAUUGAGUGUGCUGGAACAUCCCACAGGAAACGAAAAUGAUGAACCUGAUUUGGACAACUCAAGUUGUAGCUCCGACAUCGGAGAGAAGGACAAUGAUUUCUCUAGCAGCGUUGUUUUCCACAAACUUAGCAAACCAAAAGUGAGGCAGAUUAAGCAAUGGGCUCCAUCUUCAUCAGCAAAGUCAACUGGUCUGGGCAGCUAUGGAGAAAUUCAAUCUAUUCACAUGCCAAAGUCAGGGACGCGGGUCAAACUGGGGAAACUAGGAACAGAGUCUUUGUGGAGAUAUAUCAAGCACUUCAAUCUAGUGAAUAGCAUUUCAAAUACUUCAAGAGACCAAAUCCUUCACGUUGUACAACGACAUUUUGCAUUACAGACGAGUUUGAACGAGGCAUCAGUGAUGACUGAAUUCAUUCGAGCUGUUAAGAAACGAAGAGAGUGAGGGGGGAGUGACUAAUGAUAUUGAAAAUUGAUUAACGUAAAUGUAUGUUUGUAUAGCGAUUAAUGAUUAUGCAUGUUAACUAUAUAGUCUACCAACUAUGUAAAACUUCUAACAUUGAGUUGAUAACAUCCUAGAUUCAUACUA